UGUCCAGUCUCCCUUUUCUAAAGAAGAAGAAAAAAGACCGUUGGACGCAUGCCUUUUAGCAAACAGGUGCAAAGAUCACAGUCAUUCCAUUACGCAUAUUACAUGUGUCCUCCAGUAACUAUUAGAGCCACCUAGAUGCUCAGACCCACAGGACCUGGAGGUGAACACUGGUGAGACCGGGCCCAGGGAGAAGACAGUGAGUGGGGACAAGCACAGCACUGCUGGGCCUAGAGGAAGGAAGCUUUUCCCCUCUGAACCUAGCUGCAUAGCAGCACUUGCGUCCCCCAUGGGAGAGACUUCUUGUGCAGUCCCAAUGGGUUUUGAGGAGCUACUGGACCAUGUUGGAGCCCGGGGGAGAUUCCAGAUCCUUCAGCUGGUUUUCUUUUAUAUCACUAGCAUGAUAUCUUAUACUCAUAUUCUACUGGAGAACUUCACGUCAGCCACCCCUGAGCACUGCUGUUGGGUGCACGUCCUCGACAACCACACUGUCGCUCACAACCACACGGCCGCCCUCAGCCAGCAGGACCUCCUGAGAAUCUCCAUCCCCCUAGACUCAAACCUCAGGCCAGAGAAGUGCCGCCACUUUGUCCAGCCCCAGUGGCAGCUGCUCCACCUGAACAAGACCUGGUGGAACACCAGUGAGGCCGACACAGAGCCCUGUGUGGACGGCUGGGUUUAUGACAAAAGCUCCUUCCCUUCCACCAUCGUGACGGAGUGUGACCUAGUCUGUGAGCACCAGUCAUCUAAAUCCAUAGUCCAAGUAGUGUUCAUGACUGGGGCACUGCUGGGAAGUCUGAUAUUUGGCUAUCUUUCAGACAGGUAGGUGUCAUUUCACUUUCUCUGUG